GAUGACACUCACCUUGAAUGCAUCAUGCGCAACGUUGACCGUGCCAAUGGUUAUCACUUUGGCGAUACCGAAGAACGUAACAUGCAGUCAUUAUUGUCAUACGCAGCUGGUUCCGAACUACGCACUGAUUGGGUCUGUGCCGCCCAAGAACGCUAUACCGCGACUUGUCAGGACAAGGACAAAAAGCUCGAUGAUGAUGAUACUAGUAAAGCUGAAGUUGAACCAACGAUUGAUUUGAUGGCUUGA